ACCGAAGGUAUCGGUUCCAUGGAGCGUCACGGCGGAGGGAGAGUGUCUCAAAAAACGAAAAUAUAAAAUGCAUUUCACCACAGACUACACAAAAAACGUGUCCUUGUUUAAAAAGGAUGAAAAAUAAUGACAAUGUUACGCGCUGAACUGUUUGCAACAGUGAUUUCAGCAUUGCUCAUGACGGUUUAAACGACUGUAAAAGGAAGGCUCACAUCCAACCGAAGACCGUGACCCCAGAGCUAAGCUGACAUGUACCCAAACACCCUGAUCGCAGAGUUAUGCUGUCAUCUACUCAGAUGCCCUAAUUCCAAAGGCUCCUUGAUCCCAGUGGUAAGCUGCCGUCUACCGAAACACCCUGAUCACAGAGGCAAAGCACUGUCCACCCAAACACCCUGAUCCCAGAUGUAGGCUGCCAUCCACGCAAACACAUUGUUCCCAGAAGUAAUCUGCCAUUCACCCAACCAUGCUGAUCCCAGAGGUAAACUACCUUCCAUCUAACCGCCUUGUUCUCUGGGGUAAGCUGACAUUUACCCAAAUACCCUGAUCCCAGAGACAAGCUGCUGUCCACCCAAACACGCAGACCCCUCAGGUAAGCUCACAUCCACCCAAAUGCCCUAACCCCAGAGGUAGGCUGCCUGUGACCCAGCCCCCUGACCCCUGAGGUAACCUCGCUUCCACCUAAACACUCUGAUCUCAGAGGCAAGCUGACAUUUGCCCAAACACCCUGAUCACAGAAAUAAGCUGCCAUCCACCUAAACGACCUACCCCUAGAGGUAAGCUGACAUCCAUCUAACUGCCUUGAUCCUAGGCUGCCCCAGUACAUCUAGGUGGUGACAAUCCAUCCUACAGGGUUGACAUGAUGUGCUUUCCUGAAGCACACAAAGGACACCUCGGGUUUUAUGAAGGUGUAUGACAGUGUUUUAGCCCGACCCUUGUGCAGAGGUCGGAAGUCUGCGGAUUGGCGGACGGCGGACGUCGGGACCACGGCGGCAGAAGGACUCUGCUCCAGCGGCGACGUCGGUGGACCUUCCCGGAUGGCAACGGCCGGCGGACCAUCGAGGAAGCCCUUCAGCGGGCCGUGGCUGGUAGCAGGCGGGGGCCUGCGGAAUACCGCCCGGUUCUGCUGGAGGGCUGAGGAGGAGGUGGGCACCUUCCCCGACCGGCUGGCCUUCAUCCGGGAGGUGGCCUUCAAAGCACUGGGCCUUCAUAUUCUUUGCGUACAGCGGAAUGGCCCCUUCCAAUUCUUUGAGGUCACCUUGUCCACCGACGAGAGUUACACCAAGGUCCUGGAGCGGAGCAAGGAGGGGGCCCAGCACCCCCUCCUCGGACGUUACAACAUCGAGCCGCUGUGGUGGCCCGACAAGCGGGUAAUAACAGUCCAUUGUUUCAACCCGCAUGUUACCGCCGAGGCCGUUUCCCAAUUUCUGACAAAGUAUGUGGAUCUUCUUCCUGGCCACAGGGACAUCCGGGAUGAGCUGGGGAUCUGGACUGGCCGACGCCAGUUCCAGGCCCGCCUGCGCCCGGACGCUAAUGGGGCAGGCGGUUUUAGCCACCCCCCAGCCUAUUUUACUCUACAGGGCAAUAAGGCAUACCUUUUUUAUUCUGGACAGCCUCCCUUCUGCCUGGCAGUGCCACAGCUUUGGACACACCCUGGAGGGAUGCGCCAAUCUGCGCUGCCGCAACUGCCUGGAGUCGGGGCACAUGGCCAGGGACUGCAAGGGCCCCCGUCGCUGCAUUCACUGCAACGGCGAGGACCAUCUGCCCAAAGAGAGAGACUACAUAUGCCGACGCUCUGUCGGGUAACAGAGCAGUCGGCACGGAGAAUGGUGGGGGAGCUCUAGCCCCCACGACUGGGCAGGAACAGCCGGCGACGGGGGCAGGAGGAGAAGCCCUGGUCGAGGUGGAGGAGGCCCCUUCAAGUACGACACCAAUGCAGGAGGGGUCUCCGAACAAGGUGGAGCAGCUCGCCCUGGCUCCAGGCGUCAGCAGCAGGCGAAAGAAGAGCGGUGCAUCCCCCCGGGGGAGGAAGAAGAGCAGAAGGGAGGCGCAACCCGACGCACCCAGCCCUCCGGCUGCCACCUCGCCAGCAGUGGCGGCCGGGGACCAAGGCCGACAGUGUCCCCCCUCCCCGAUGUUAGAGGCCCUCCCUUUCCUGAUGUACCCCCUGUGCUGCUGUUGGUUGAUUCUCAGUGUUAGUAGUUUGUGAGCCAUGCCUGCCAUGGACCCCAAAGGGGGGCCGUGCCUGUGGCGGGCUGGGAGUGGAAUUUCCCUGGGUCAUAGGGAUUUUGCCCUCCCUCCUAGGCUGGAUGGACAGGAUUGUGUGUGGGACUCCUUGGAGUCCCAAAGGGGGAAAUAUAUGGAAUAUUAUUUAGCACUAUAUAACGUAGAAUACAAGUAUUAUGAUAUUAUUAAAAAGUGUGUCAAAUAUCCAUGAUGUAAUCAUUACAAUAUAAACAUUGCUUUGUGUUGAUUACAAUAUAAUCAACUGAGUAUGUAUUUGCACCUUUUGUUAGUCUGAGAUUCUGUUAUCUACUUUAUGUUAGUCCUGAAUCUAUGAAUAUUCUUUUAUUAACGUAUAUUUUAUCACAAUGUUAAAGGAUAAAUAUAUUAUCAACCUUUUAGUUAGACAAUGUGUAAAAGGCUGAAACUGCCUAGGUUUACUACUGAAGGAAGGGAUUCGCCUGAGUUCACCCGAAGUUCACGGCUGAGCAUUUUUUAAAAACCAAGUGGAGCUGCUCGCGCCACCAUUAUGUUCAGCCGAGAGACCAAACGGUAAAAGAAAUGAUGGACAAACUUGUCACCUAGGGGUGUGGAUUAAGGGAAAAAACAAUUAUUGUGAAUGGCUGAAGGAAUGAUGAUGCUUAAGUGACAAGAUAUUGUUAAAUGAUAAGAACUUAUAAAAAUUGGUGUAAAACAGUACUGGACACACUUUUACGUGUCCAGCCUUGGUUGUAACUUCAUUGUUGCAAUAAAGACUGAAUUCUGGAUACUGCACAA